AUGGCCAAGCAUCACCCGGAUCUUAUAUUCUGUAGGAAACAACCCGGCGUCGCUAUUGGUCGUUUGUGUGAGAAAUGCGAUGGAAAAUGUGUUAUUUGUGACUCUUACGUGCGACCCUGUACACUGGUGCGUAUCUGCGAUGAGUGUAACUACGGAUCGUAUCAAGGGAGAUGUGUUAUAUGCGGCGGGCCCGGAGUAUCAGAUGCAUAUUAUUGCAAAGAGUGUACCACACAGGAGAAAGAUAGAGAUGGCUGCCCGAAGAUAGUCAAUUUAGGAAGUUCGAAGACAGAUUUGUUCUACGAGAGAAAGAAAUAUGGUUUCAGAAGACACUAA